GGGGCUAGAGCUGUGCCAGAAAAAUCCCUGUGGGACUGAGGGGUUGAGGCAGGCAAAGCACUGAUUGUGGAGUUCUGGCACUAUGUUCUGUCGAGGGGAAAGGAAGACUCUCCCUGGAGCCAUGCUGCUACUUCUCCUUGGCUUCCAGUUUUCCAUUCCUCCUGUCUCAAAGGCCAAUGAGGAAAACAUCACCUAUGCUUAUUUCCUUCCCACGGUGGAGUUUGCCGUGAAUACAUUCAACCAGAGAAGUCACGAGGAAUAUGCCUUCAGGGUGGAGCAUAUCCUGAGUUCCAGGCAGGAGGAGGCUCUGCAGGUGGAUUUUCCAAUGGUUUUCUCCAUGAAGCUUCAGCUGCGUAGAACCCUGUGCAGGCAAUUUGAGGACAGCCUUGACACUUGCCCCUUUCAGAUGAACCACAAUAUGAAUAAUACCGUCACCUGCCUGUUCACUGUGGCCACCUAUCCCUGGGCAACAAAAUUCAGGCUCUACAAGUUUGUGUGCUUAUAGUUCCUCUGACCGGAGUCAUCUGUGGACUGGCGCUGUACUUCUCUCUGCAUCCACUGAGAGGUUACCCUCUGCAGGGCCUCUAUGCUCUCAUGCUCCUUCUUUUGCAACAUUGUAUAGUGUCAAGACUGCAUAUAUGGAUGAUAACCAGGAACGAUUUAUAUUUCUUUUGUUUUGUCAUUUAGAAUAGCUCAUUAAAUAUUGCAUUUCUGAAA